AACAACCCAUCCCAACCCCACAAUGACAAAUAUGACAGAUGCUUUAAACCUCCACUUAACCUCAAAUAAUUCUGAUAGUUAUUUCAAAAAUAUCAAUAAAGUUCAGGGGGACAAUUCAUGUAAAUAUAUAUCAGCUUGUCAUUAAAAAUCCUGAUUAGAGUGCAUUCAACACGCUGACCUUUGCUCCAAAGUUGGUAUUGGUCGGUAGUUGAUGGUGAGCGAAUGAUUUUCUGAUUAUAAAUUAUUUUUUACAUUCACUAUCAGCAGCUUUUUGUGAGAGCCAAAAAUGAAAAAAACCUCGUUAUUUAAUUAUGAAAGCUUGGUGCACGCCACAGCUGCAGUUGCUGGUAGCACAUUUGCUCUAUCCACCUUUUACCCAUUGGAUCUAAUCAAAUUCAGAAUACAGCUGCAAGAUAAAGAUCUCAUAGACAAAUCAACAUUGCAGGCAAUCCUUUUCAUUUUGAAAAAUGAAGGAAUUACAGCAUUGUAUCGGGGACUGCGGGUAACAGUUACUACAAUGGGAGUAUCGAACUUUGUAUAUUUUUAUACAUUCCAUGGUAUUAAAGGUUUAAUACCACCAGAACGUGUUAGUAGUAGAACCGAUUUCCUACUCAGCAUUGCUGCAGGAGUUGCAAAUGUUUUGUUGACGAAUCCUCUAUGGGUAGCUAAUAACCGUUUAAAGUACAAGGAAGAAGUUCCAUUCACUGGCCUUUUGGAUGGAAUGUUUCACAUAGGAUCAACUGAAGGGAUAUCAGCAUUAUGGAAAGGAGCUGCUCCAUCACUCAUGCUUGUCAGCAAUCCUGUCAUACAUUUUACUGUUUACGAGGCUUUGAAGAGGAGAGUCAAAGUAAAUUCAGCCAUUGGAUUUUUCCUACUAAGUGCCGUAUCGAAGUCCAUAGCAACGCUUAUAACUUAUCCUUUGCAACUGGCCCAAACAAGACAGAGAUUGAUGAAAAAACGUCUGGGUACAGCCGCCCUUCUUCUUACGAUUUUGAAGAACCAGGGUCCUAAAGGAUUAUACCAAGGGAUGGAAUCUAAGAUGUUGCAGACUGUACUAUCGACAGCUCUUAUGUUUGUAAUGUAUGAAAAAAUCGUGCAGUUUGUUUUCAAACUGCUUCUAGGGACCGCGAAAAGGAAAGCAAUGAAGUGAUAAAAAUGUUAAGACUAAGAGAAACAUGGUGUAUUGAAACUUGAAUUAAUAUUCCCACAGCAUUAAAAUUUUCCAUAAGAUAAGUCCAAAACAAACACACAUGGCAAACAGAAUAUCAAGCUUAUUACUGCGUCAUGUGUAGUUUUUUUUUAAAAAAAGCUUGCUACAUCAUAACUGGUGUGAUGAUUUAUGUAUUCAGUUAUCUGCCAUAGACAGAGCAAGUUUCAGGUGUAUAGUUUCGGUUUUCAAUAAAGACUUAGACAUGGACGAGAGCGGAUGAAUAAGUCCGUGAUUGUUUGAAUUAAACACAGGUUUUUCAACAAUUUCAUUUCUCAACCUAGAAUCGUUUGAGCUCUAUACAUUAUGUUCAACGUUUUCAAAUUUUUAAUCUCUUCAAAAAAAUAAGAUUUGUCGGGGUCCUCAAAAAGGUAUUUGUGAAAUGAUUUCAUAGUCAUAGUCAAAUUCCUUUCUGCUCAGCCAUUUCUAAAGGUUUUGAAAUAAGAAAUACUCACAAAAUUCAGAUAACCACCUUUUUUUGAUUGAAAUUGAUGGUGCAGAGUCCCAUAUUAUUUAUCAAGCUUAACCAUGGUUUGAGUUACGGUUUUUCCCGCAAAAAAUAAUUCUUGAUGAGCACACGAAAUUCACUUUUGACCAUUUUCUUUACAAUUCACGCGUUCUUCUGCAAUCGGUGGCUGACAAACAUAAACUAAAUGACGCAGUUUGUUCAGAAUUUGACAGGAGCAGUGUCGCUCUUCCGUUAAGCGGCGGGAAAUUCAAAAAGUCACGGACUUAUUGACACAGCCUCGUAUAAAUAUUUUCCCCACAGAUUAAUUUUUCGGGCAUGCAUAAGGUAAAAGAUUUUCCAUUAAGGACUUGACAACUUUCUUUUGAAAUAAAACGCAAACCAUAUCAGAUAUCUCGAAAAAUGUAUUAUUGGAUUGAAGCAUACUCAAAACAUUUAUGCGUGGAAUUCGACCUCGUUCAAAUGUCCACCAUGGGCACGUACGUAGCGAUCGAUUCGUUGAACCCAAUUUUCAAUGAUUUGGCCACACAUUUCGACAGCUAUCUCUCCUUCAAUAUUGACACCGACCUCCUUUAACGACGUCGGCUUGUUGGCAUAGACCAAUUAUUUAAUGUAGCUCAAAAAAAGUCUAGAUGUGUUAAAUCACUCGAUCUAGGCGGCCAUUAGACAUGACCAUUUCUCGAUAUAACACGUUCAGCGAAUUUUGAUUUCAGUAUGUCGAUUGUAUGGCUUGUGGCACCGUCUUGUUGAAUUGUUCCUCAGGGUUCGGUCCUAGGACCAAUCCUUUAUUCGCUUUAUAUCCAUGAUGUCCCUUGCUCCAUCAACUGUGAAGUCUACCUGUAUGCUGAGGACACUGCACUUGUCGCCCAGUCGUACUGAUUCACGAUGGGUUGCAGAGUGCGGUGGAAGAAGUACUAGAGUGGGCGGAACGGUGGCUGAUUAAAAUUAAUCAUUCGAAAACGCAGGCUAUUUAUUGUACCAAAAAAGCCGUAAACAUUCAAGGCCACGGCUCGCACUGUAAUCAAAAAUUAGCGCAAACUUUUAGUAAAUUUAAAAUUACACUAUUAACAAAACCGAAUUUGUUUAGUUCACCUCAAAAUUAAUCCGUGUACCAAGUCAAAAAGCCUAGGUGUUUACUCUUAAACUGAACACUUCUGUUUUUCUUUGCUCUUCUCCUUUUUUCUUCUCUUUCCCUUUAUCUUUUUCCUUGACAUUGUCUGGUUUCUGGGCAACCAGGACUGACAGAUUCGACUAACGUACAUUAGACAGUGACUAAUGGGCAAAGGUCCUACGGAACGCCCAGACAAACAAAUGACGAAUAGAACCGUCUUGUUGAAACCACAUACCAUUUUCUAGCUCAUCCAAUUGACCAAAAAAUAACGUUGCAACAAAACCACACCAUACAGUUAUUUUUUGUGGAUGAAGUGGUGCUUCUUGAAGCACAUGAGGGUUUUCACCUGACCAAUAACACAUAUUCUGUUUGUUGACAAAGCCGUUUAGCGAAAAAUGUGCAUAAUUACUGAAGAUGAUUUUGCUAUGAAAUUUUCUUGCAAUAUUUCUAGAGCCCAAUUCGAGAACGUACAUCGGUUAACUUGAUCUUAUAAGGGUGCAGGUCAAGAUCGCGAGUGGUCUGAGCGAUGCACAAUUCUUGAGAACCCUGUGGAACCGACGUGUUCUGUUCGUUUCGGAUGGAAGCUUGAACGGCAACAAUAUACUCGGCAGUUCGACUAACUCGUUGUCGCACUGGCACGGGGACAUCCAGCAGCGAAUAUGUGGACUAAAUUCUUUUUACUAGACUAUGAACUGCUUGUCUACUGGGACGAGAAUUACGACAAAAAAUUGGAGUCAACGCUCUUAAAGUUGCAGUCACCGUUUCGGUAGUAAAUUUGAAUUAUUUGUAAGCGUUGUUCGUUCGUGUACAUCACCAUGAUGAAAAUGUUUUCUUUACUGAAUGCUUUGACAUUGACAGUUCGGUAAUUGAUUUAAAGGUGCGUUCACAGUGAAAGUUCAAAGUUGUCAAGUCCCUAUUGUAAAACCCAAUACUUUUAAGACAUAUUUGGUAUAUCCUCCAUAAAUUGCGUUAUUCUUGUUUUCCUUCAGAAAGUAUCUUAUUGCCAAAGAGAAACUACAAUCUUGGGAUACACGCCACUUUAAGGUUUGCUAGAAAAUAGACAGGUGAAGAGAUAACAAAAAAAUGGGUAGAUGUUUAUUAAGGAGCUUAUCUUGCCUACGAGUACUCUACUACUUUGAACAAUUCCUUUUUUUAGAUUUUUAGAUAUUAGUUUCUUUGAAAAUCCAUUUCCCACGUUUUUAUUUUAAUCCGUAUUUGUGAUUAUAGUCAACCAGGUAGGACUGUAUUAGUGUUCUCUCCCUCAGGAGAGAUACUUUCAUGUAGCGUUGGUGCUCGGGGCCCUCGAACAUGCGGCGCUUGUAGGAUUUACUACGCUUGUUAAUCAGCGCCAAUUGCACCGACGAGCGGCCGGCGAUCUGGCUUUCGGUUACUGCAGUUUUGUUUCCAUAGUUAUCAUUUUCUUCUUUUUUUAUCAUGACAAAUGACCUAAAUACCGAGGUAAAGACACCUUUCGCCAAUAACUGGGAAAAAUCCUCUGCAGAUUGGAACAAAGGAGCGGUCGCACCGGCCAGCUCUGGAUGUACAUUGGUCAAAACUAAAAUUCCACGAUCUGGCUUGGCGGGUCAUAUUUUAGAUAGGGCUUACUUUUUUCGGUUCGGUCUAGCUUUAAGUUUGGAGAUUCGGUAAAAAUGUGAAUUUUAGCGUUUUGGCAACUAUUCAAUUUUCUCGCUACCCCCGUCAUUGGAAAAGUAUUUGGCCGAACCUUAAAAUUUUGAGCGCGUCUCCAGACCGAACCUAGGACCCUGAAAUUUUACAAAGCCUCGUGCCUCCAUAUAAACUCUCGAGGAAACACAAUUGAGCCUGAUCUCAGAUAUGAACCGCCAAGCCAGAUCGUGGAAUUUUAGUCUUGAUCCAUAUAUAAAUGUGGUUGGGUCUUCACCUCGCUGUUUAGGUUUCUGCAUCAGCAUGAAAAAGGAAGCAAAUGACUACAUAUCGGAAAAUAAAAUAUUAGGUAACAUACCUGGCGAUUUGAAAAUAUAUUGCUCAAUGUUGACUAUAUAUAGAGAUGCCAAAGACCUCAAAUGAGAUAUUACCAGUGUAUUUGUAUAAUUUUCAAUUGUUGUGUUACUAGUCUAUCAAUUUGUUAU